AUGGAAUUUGGUGGAUUUCUGGAAAAGUGGCGCGAGUACCUGAAUGGAGAUGCCCCUCGAACAGACUCACACCUGAACCAGGCCAACAAUGAGUACAGCGAGGAGGACCUCCGAAACGCAACGCAAGGCUUCGACAAAUCCUGCUUACUGGGCUCUGGGUCUUUCGGCCAGGUGUAUAAGGGGACCAUGAAGGAUGGAACCGAGGUGGCGAUCAAGGUCCUGCAGGUGCCAGAAGAAGGUGGCUUUGAAGACGAGGUUCGCGUCCUGUCACGUUUCCGACAUCCGAACCUCGUAAUCCUGAUGGGCUUUGCCAGGCAUGCCGCCACUGGAUGGCGCAGCCUCAUCUAUGAGUUCUGUGCUGGUGGUGAUGCGGCACAAAGACUAUCACGGAGUCGGCAUCGCAAGGAGCUUUUCGGUGGCCGAGAACGCCUCAGCGCUGCACUCGACGCGGCUUGCGGGCUCUCACACCUGCACAAUAUGACCCCAAGGGCCUUUCAUCGAGACAUCAAGUCGCAGAACAUUUUGCUGGAUAAAAAUGGCACGGCCAAAAUGGCGGAUUUUGGCCUUGCAUGCUUGUCCAGUGCUUCGCAGCACAAGGUGCACCGAGUUGGCGGAACUGUGGGCUACGCCUGCCCAGAGUACCUCCGCCCCCUGACUCUAAAGACUUUUCAGUGUAGAAAUCUGAUAUCUCAGCCCUUGCCCCCACUUCCCAAAGAGUUCUGCAGCUCAAAUCGUAUGGCAGCUCCGCGUGUGUCGAAGCUGAAAACUAUGAAUCUCUUAGACAUAGUCGAGUGCUGUAAGCUGUGA